AUGCCUGAAAUUUCUUACCUUAAUCAACGAGAUACAAUUUCUGCAGCAAUUAAUGAGUUAAAUAAAUAUCCUGUUAACUAUAAACGUCCAAGUAUCAAUAGUUUAAUGUUAGAAAAUAAAAUGCUUAAAAAUGAAGUUGAAUUACUAAAAAUUCAAUUUACAGCAACACAAGAAGAAUUAGAAACCUAUAAAUAUCCCGGAACAAGUUCUUUGCAUUCGGUUCUCAAGUACAAUUUCUCUCAUGCCCUACAGGUUGAAACUUUAGAUUCUUCUGAGUCUG